AUGUACAUCAACCAAGUAUUGGCGGUUCUCUCACGCAUGGCGAAGCAGCACAUAUUCAUACCGACAACGCAGACAGAAGUCGACUGUGUGCGAGAGGGAUUUGAGAAUAUAUCAGGUUUCCCUGACGUUAUCGGUGCUGUUGACGGGUCGUUGAUUCGGAUCUGCCGCCCCGCUGAGCACGAAGGAUGGUAUUGCAGAAAAAAAUUUCCGGCCGUCAACAUGCAAGCCGUUGUCGAUCACAAGACCCGUUUUCGUUCGUACUGUAUCCGAUCUGGUUCUAUCAACGACCGGGCUCGAGACGGCUAG